AAUCAUAAAAACCUCAUUACAUUAGCUCAGGUUCCUCCUAUAUAUAUAUAUACAUACAUAAUAUCCUUCUCCCUCAAACCAAACCAUACCUAUUCUCAAGUUUCUCUCUGUUUCUUCCUACUUCAUGCUAUAGCACUUACAAUACUCAACAAUAACCUAACCAAACCAAACCAAAACCCUUAUCUGCACUCACUUCACACAAACCAAAGUUAAUUAAUUACCAACACAAAAUGGAUGGAGGCUGUGUCACAGACGAAACCACCACAUCCAGCGACUCUCUUUCCGUUCCGCCGCCCAGCCGCGUCGGCAGCGUUGCAAGCGCCGUCGUCGACCCCGACGGUUGUUGCGUUUCCGGCGAGGCCGAAUCCCGGAAACUCCCUUCGUCGAAAUACAAAGGCGUGGUGCCGCAACCGAACGGUCGCUGGGGAGCUCAGAUUUACGAGAAGCACCAGCGCGUGUGGCUCGGCACUUUCAACGAGGAAGACGAAGCCGCCAGAGCCUACGACAUCGCCGCGCUGCGCUUCCGCGGCCCCGACGCCGUCACCAACUUCAAGCCUCCCGCCGCCUCCGACGACGCCGAGUCCGAGUUCCUCAACUCGCAUUCCAAGUUCGAGAUCGUCGACAUGCUCCGCAAGCACACCUACGACGACGAGCUCCAGCAGAGCACGCGCGGUGGUAGGCGCCGCCUCGACGCUGACACCGCGUCGAGCGGUGUGUUCGACGCGAAAGCGCGUGAGCAGCUGUUCGAGAAAACGGUUACGCCGAGCGACGUCGGGAAGCUGAAUCGAUUAGUGAUACCGAAGCAGCACGCGGAGAAGCACUUUCCGUUAAGCGGAUCCGGCGACGAAAGCUCGCCGUGCGUGGCGGGGGCUUCGGCGGCGAAGGGAAUGUUGUUGAACUUUGAGGACGUUGGAGGGAAAGUGUGGCGGUUUCGUUACUCUUAUUGGAACAGUAGCCAGAGCUACGUGCUUACCAAAGGAUGGAGCCGGUUCGUUAAGGAGAAGAAUCUUCGAGCCGGUGACGCGGUUCAGUUCUUCAAGUCGACCGGACCGGACCGGCAGCUAUAUAUAGACUGCAAGGCGAGGAGUGGUGAGGUUAACAAUAAUGCUGGCGGUUUGUUUGUUCCGAUUGGACCGGUCGUUGAGCCGGUUCAGAUGGUUCGGCUUUUCGGGGUCAACCUUUUGAAACUACCCGUACCCGGUUCGGAUGGUGUAGGGAAGAGAAAAGAGAUGGAACUGUUUGCAUUUGAAUGUUGCAAGAAGUUAAAAGUAAUUGGAGCUUUGUAACAUUACAUAGUUUUUGAGUUUCUUUUGUGAAUUUUGUAACUGUUGAAUUCAUGAGGUAGAGAUGGUGAUGGUGUUGUUGCAAGUUGCCACUCACAAAAGGUGUAUAGUCUCAGACAAAAAGAAAAAGGAAAAAUUAGGGCAAGAAAAAUUGUUGAACAGAAAUUUUCUUAACAAAAAAAAAAAAAGGAACGAGCUAGGAAUACGACUGUUUAUUUUGUUAUUCUUUUUUCUUAUUAUAAAUGUUUUCUAUGAGAAGUAAUUUUUUUAGACACAGGA